AUGAAAUCCCUCGAGACCUUCUUCGGAAUCGGUGGCAACACCUCUGGCCGCCUCAUGGCCCGCUUCAACAUCCACCCGACCUGCCGCGUCGGCGAGCUGGCCAACAAGCAGGUCCUCGACCUCACAGCCGUGCUGUCUGAUAUGAAAAUCGAGAACGAUCUGCGCAGAGAAGUUCUGAACGAUAUUAAGCGCAUGAAAGAGACCGGAACUUAUCGCGGCCGACGUCAUGCGCUCGGCUUGCCUGUGAGGGGACAGAGGACACGGACUCAGAUCAAAACUCCUGUCAAGUUGAACCGCAUGGAGCGCAGACUAUAA